UACGAAAUCUCAUGCGAAUUCAAGUGAUGAGAAUGACAUAUAUACUGGAAUAGUACGGCUAGUACGGAGUUUCGCAUUGAGUUUCGGCGCGUGUCGACAUUGAUCAGUAUUUGCGUUUGGGAGCAGUUAUUAUCGUUCGACUUUGCAAAGCUCGGAUAUAGAGUUACCUAGUCUUACACUAGGCGAGACAACUUGCGUCUCUACUCGACUAAUGCAUGCCCGCCCAGCUCGAAUCCGUUCUCCUACGUUCCAAAUCGUUCCCUGCUUUCGUAGGCUACGACCCGCUAACAUCAGGCUCUUUUGAUUGUCACGCUAGCUGAAACAAAGUUGGAAAAUCAUCAAACACGUUCAGAAAAAUAGUUUACUGAUGAACCAGAAGAAGAACAAACAUACUGCAAUAAAAAGCCGCCCAUUCCUUUAAGGAAUGCGUGCUUCUUCGUUCGGUGCAAAUAGUACGUCGCAUGGGCUAAAUCAACAUUGUAUCAGAUUUACUGUGGUGCUGUCAUCUACCAUACUAUUGAGUAGUUCGCUACAUUUUCCGACCAGGUUAAACAUAUCAAGGGAUGUUAUAUCAUCAAUACCGAUUCCCGGGUUCUCUCCGGUUUCAAACGCACGCAUAGCAGCGGUCAACUACUCUCGUUUGAGGAUAGAUCAUGUCUGGCGCGGCUGGUGGUAGUCGAUCACAAUUCAAAAAAGUUGUCUUCGAUUGGAGUGUAAUCCAACCGGAUUUAGGAGCCCAAUAUGUUACUUCACUAUUGGCCUGUGCUAUCCUUUGUAUUCACCCAGACUGCUCAACACUAACUGUUCUGCUCGACGAUGCGCGCUUUAUCUGCCAGAUGAGUAGAAAGAAGGGAACGUGCAUGGAGAAGGAGGAGGCUUUUAUGAAUCCAGGUUCAAGGAUGUAUCAGAAAAAGGAAAUAUACACGACAGUAUAUAAAGGUUAUGCUAGGGUGCCAUUUUUACCCAAAUUUACUGUCAAUAAAGGUGAUAGCUGGCAUUUUAAUCAGCAAUAUGGCAGAAUACUGAUGCUAAAGACGCCGAAAAAUACACCAUACCACCAUGUUCUGGUUUACAAUAUGACUGAUGAAUAUUUUCGACAAGUGUACAGAACUAAGUUCUAUAAGCAUGUGUCUGCUUGGAAUCCUUUGCUUGACUACAAGCAGUUUACUGCAUUCUUUUACGGACCUAAAGGGCAGAGGGGACGGUUUAUUUUCUAUGAUAUUACGAAAGGCAUUUUUCUGGGAACACUUGUCGCUCCAAAAACAGAAAGUUGUUACACUGUUGGAUCGACCAUACGAGCUCAAAUAGGAUUUCAGGAGAAGGUGGUAGUCUCGUGUAAUUUUAAAGGUCGUACAAAAGCAACGUUUUACAACACAAAAAGAGUUAAUAAUAAAAAUGGGAGUUUUCAACUUAUCCUUUAUAAAGGCGUUUCUCUGCCUAUCAAUGUAUCACCUCGUCUUAUGAUAAUUAGUAGAGAUGUCUACACCAUUCAGGUCAUUAACAGACGGGUACAUAUGGUUGUAUAUCAGAAAGAAGACAUAAGCAAUCCUAUCGUUUAUUUGAUUAAACAAACACGUUUUACACGAUACUGCCGAGUUUCGUCAAGUUUUUCAUUAGAACCACACUUCCGUAUAUUUUUUCAACUGUGUUUUCCUGGACCACAUGGCAAUGCGAUGGAGAGGACCUUUGUUCCACGAAACGGACUGUUAAGGAACGGGUCCGGUAAAAUAGUAUUUUCUGAAAUGACUCCGUCUUUUCAUCCUCUAAACAAUGACGGUGACAGCAAACAUUUUAGAUUCAGCCCACUGGAUGGUUCCUUAAUUCAAUUUAUACGGUCUCCAAGAAAAUCAACUGAGUCGACAGAAUGUCUCGUGUCAGCUUUUAUAUAUAAAAGACAGCAGUACCACUGACUCUACAGGGUGGCCCAGAAACGUUUUCCUUCACACAAUGGAUACACAAUAGAAUUCUAUUGUGCAAGGGAAACGUUUUACCCCAGAAGAUAGCUAUUUUGUCUUAAGCGUGUUAAGUGGUGCAAAUAAGAUUGGGAUUUUUGGAAUCAGGACCCCUUUCUACAACAAAUAGGCCGGUCAAAAUCUCCUUACCUAAAAUGUUGAUCAAAAACAAAGGGUUAAAAUGGCUAUUUUGUCUUGAGUGGUGCAAAUAGGACUGCUGUUCUUGGAAUCAGCACCCCUUUUUACAUGGCAAAGUAAUCUUACCUAAAAUUCUGAUUAAAGGCCUCUAUCUCCUGGUUGGAUGGAGUAUUUUCUCGGCCAUGUAUAGUCUAAACGGUGAAAUAUCCCUGUUGUUGAAGUUGGCGAAUUUGCUCAUUUUCAGUUGGCACUAAACUAAGUAUCGCGCUUUCUACCGAAAUUUAGUGGUUGAUGCAUCAUAGAUAAAAAAAUGCCUUUUUCAAAUUCAGUUUUGGCAGAAAUUUUUCUCGUUAAUAAGUGUCUUACGAUGUGUGAGGCAUUCGACCAUUUGCUUACUCGUAGACGGCUUCAUUAGGUCUAGUUCGUCCACAAGAUGCCCAAUAUUAUCUAAUCAAAUGGUGCAACACGAGGGUACAACGUUCUUUGGGGAUUUUUUCAGAUAAAAAGAUACACGCAACAAAAUCAUUUUGAAUAAAUUUCAUUUUUUUCAUAGGCGAUUAGCAUUCUUAAAUAUCGUUUAGUUCAAUUCCUGCCUUUCUUACCACCAAUAAAAACGGAAAGGAAUAGUUUUGUAGUCGAAAUGCAUGCCACAUUUCCUUUGCUUUUGGUAAGCUAUCAUGAACAGCCUGUACCUUGGAAACGAUUAAUUUUCUAUAGAACCGAUGUUACUUUUCGCCACCAUGGUCAAAGCUCGCGGGUAAGAUAUAAUAUGUCUUACUAUGAUGGGCCAGGCAGGCAUUAUGUCAAAAUUAUCUCCAAGUAUAUAAUUUCGUUACGUCUCAAGAAGUCAAAGGCUAUCUCUGGUUAUGGAAAGAUAUACGAUUUUACGACAGGCAGACAUGUUGGACGUCUCAUAAUUCCAGCUAAAGAGAAGGAAAUAUGUAGGAUUGCAUUCAGCGUUGAUCUGGCUACAAUCGCUUAUUUUGGGAAGAUUUAUUCAAGAAAAUUGUGGCGGCUGACUUUGUAUAAUGUACAGUGGGAAUUCAAGAAUAACGAAUGGAUAUGUACAAUGUUACAUAAUUACACUGUCUACAACUACCUUCCUUUGAUUAGAGGAGCAAAGCUAAUCCGCAGUGAACUGCUACCUUUAUUUGAAUAUGGCGCUGCUUUUCUCUUGGGACAUCCAGAUUCUCUAAAGUUUAUGUUUUUUCCUGAUAUACGCAUUAAAACAGCACUGCAGAAGUAUCACACGCUGUUAAUAAAAGGCCACCCGAUACAUCUAUGGACGAAUUACAAAAGUCGAAUAUUCCUUUAUCGUUUUGAAUUAACUCAGUCAUAUAUAAGCAUUGUCGAAUUGCUUUUAUGUUUGUCAAGAACCAACUCGAUUCUGAAUGAAAAGGGCGAGUAUGUGGUAAUUCGACGUAAUGUUGAAAUUCAAAGGUCGAUGGCAGUGGAUAGGAAACGAUUUGUUCGACAUAUGGUAUGGGUUGACCAACAGUGGAGCAUAUGUCAAAUAUACUAUCAGACGUCUGAUGGGCACCAUGUGUAUAAGGGAAUUAAUGUCUACAGUAGAACCGAUAAUUUGGAGGGUAAAGCAUAGAUCACGUUAGUUCACUAAAGCAUCGCAAAAUAUUCACGUUAAAUCAGACUACCAACCUUGCCAACUAAACCUUCGAAUCUCCAUGAAGUUCAAAUAAGGAUCCAGUUCAUGUAAAUGUGUGGAUUUAUUGGACCUCUCAAAGUUGAUCGAGUGCUGAUGCAUUCGCCAUAACACGCUAAGCUGGACGUUGAUUGUUGAUCUUUUAUUAAUCUGUAUAUUAAUACUAGAACUUGUAUAAGUAUCUUUAUGUCUACCACCGCCUUAACCGCUGGAUGGAAUAUCCUAUUUUUUAGUAUGUGCAUGUAGAUUCUACCCGUUAAGCCAUUCAGCUAACUCUCCAUACUGUAUACGUUGCAUUUGCUGGCCACCACAAGAAGACCAGAAUAGGCCUAUAUUACUCCUUAUACGUGUUUAAGGCCACGAGGAGAGUUCCAUUUGUCACCAUUCACUGAAAUGUUGUAUAAUAAUUUUGGAAGCUACGGAUUGCCCUGUCAGCAGUCUGCUGGCACACUGACAUUAACUGUCAAUGAAAGUUAGGCCUUUGAAAACAAUCUUAUGCAAUAUUGAUUAGCAAGAUGUUGAGGCCAAGGCAGUUGAUGUUGUCAGCAUGCUUGUAAGGACAAUUCUUUUUCUCCUGAUUUUGCACCGUCUUUGGUGCAAGGACAAUGGGAAUGGAGCUGAGGAGGACCGUAAUGAAAAUGAUGCUGUUGGUGAUAAUGAAAACGUCGUAAUUCCUCGCAGACUGAACGCUUAAUCAUUAGAUAUUCGUAUCAGGCGACUUGAUGAGUACCAUGAGCUGAACAUUGCAAGGCCAAAUGGGAUUACUCCUUCAGAAUAUGGACAGCUACGUGGCAUUCCCCGAAGGACCAUUGCGCGAUGGAUACAGGAAGAGGAUGAAUUGCGCGAGAGACACCGAGAAUCCACAUACAGAUUGCGACAGAUGCAAAGGCUAAGGCAACAUGGAAUUGAUGGCACAGGUAGAUGGCCAGAGGUAGAGAGACUCUUAAAUGAUUGGUUCCUACAGCGUCGAGAACAUGGUCUUCCAAUAGCUGGGAGUAACCUGAUGUUCCAGGGUGAACGGUUCUUCAAUAUUUGGUGGCACGAUCUUCCUGAGGAACAGAGAGAACAUUGGAUGGAACUGCACCCUCAUCUCAUACCAUUUUCAGCAUCAAGUGGAUGGUUACAAGGUUUCUUGACUCGUCAUGGUAUUAGCUACAGGAAGACUUGCAAAGACUCUACAUCAAUACCGCUCAAUGCUGCAGAGUUGGUAACGGCAUUUCAAAAUGAGGUCCGAAACAUUAUCAAUGAUAAUGGAAUACAGAUUAUCGUCAACAUGGAUGAAACUUUUGUUCUUUGGGACAUCGCACCCACGUACACGUACUCUUUGAAAGGUUUGAAACAAGUGGACAUACGAACUUCGCGAGGAAAUGCAAAAUUAGGGUGUACGGUGACUUUAGCAAUGACUGCGUGUGGGAGAAAACUCCCUGCAAGUAUAAUUUUCAAGGGUCUGCGCGAUGAUGGUCCAGAAAUCGCUCGACUUCGGGCAACUGCCCCCAAUGGUGUGCGGGUAACGGGCUCGCAAACAGGCUGGGCAAGUUGGCAGACACUGAUUGCUUGGGUAAAUGAUUGCCUCAUACCGUUUGUGGGAGACAACUUUCCAUUCCUCCUAAUUUGGGACAUGUUCCCAGCGCACCGGCAUCAACAAGUGCGUGACCAUGUAGAGGACACUCCCGGGUUCAUAGGGCUGAUACCAGGGAGAUGUACCUCACUGGUACAACCUUUGGAUCUGACCAUCAUCCGCAGCUUCAAAUGUACAAUGAGACGCCUAUGGAAGGAGUGGAAAAUUGAGAACAAUGACAUUCAUGGUCGUUCCCCACAAAUCACCAGGGAUGCUGUAAUUCAGAUGGUAUCAACUGCCUGGGAGAGAAUUGCCCCAGAAGCAAUCAAUACAGCAUGGUGAGUGAGUGGGCUUGAAGGCAAUCAAGAAAAUCCGCCUCAUCAAAAUGAUGAGGUACACUUUGAAGUUGAUGCUGAUAAUCCCGAAGAUGAUCUUCAUUUUCUUGAAGAUUUAGAUGAGUGAGAUUGAUAGGGUAAUGCUCUCCAAUAAAGCCCCGUGUGUUCAAAUCAAUGUGUUAUUAUGUCAGUUUUUCCCACAGGCCUAGGCCUAAUUCCCUGAACAAUGCAGUUGAUCUAUGAAGGCCUAAAACAUGUAUAAGGAGUAAUAUAGGCCUAUU